GAAAUCCGUGAAGCUUUUGAUGCUGAAAGAACUUCUACAGGAAAGAACGAGUUGAUUUUAUCAAUCGGAGUGCCUGCCGGGAAGGAACACAUUGACAAAGGAUUUGAUAUUUCCACUAUAACAGAGUAUGUUGACUUCAUGAACGUGUUAUCCUACGACUACCACACACCUUAUGAAUCUGAAACUCAUCACCACUCACCACUUUCUAAACGUCCAAACUUCAGCAGAUGGGACAGAAGAAAUAAAUUGAACAUUGAAUGGACCAUAGACUACUACUUGGAACUUGGAGCUGUGCCAGAAAAGCUAAUUGUUGGCAUUCCCAUUUACGGACGGACUUAUACACUGUUAGACCCAAAAGACAACAAACUUGAAGCUCCAACCAAUGGUCCAGGUAAGGAGGGACCAUCAACCAAAGAGAAAGGCUACAUGGCCUACUUCGAGAUCUGUCAGAAAUCCUUGAUGGACGAAUGA